AUGGACUACAUCAGCUUCAACAUCAAAGUGCCGCUGCUCGAGAAGGCGGCGACGAACGUGAAGGAGAUUAUCUCCCACAUCAGGCUCAACGAUGGGAUCUAUUUCGACCGAACGAGGUACAAAAAGGAGGAAAUUCUAAACGACCUCAGAAGCAACAAUGAUCAGAAAAAGAUAGAAGCUGUUAAGCGACUGCUCAUCGCGCACUUGAUGAGGGAGGACGUCUCGGAAUUCUACGUGGAGGUAUCCAAAAAUAUGUCAAAUGGGAACCGGACUCUGAAGAAGCUAAUAUAUAAUUACCUGUCUCUGCAUGCUAAUCGGAGUGACCACUUGAGCAUGCUGACUGUUAACUCUUUUAAAAAGGAUAUCGCCAGUAGGGACUUUCAAAUUCGUGCGUACGCCUUGAGGGCCAUGUGCUCCAGUCGGUCGCUCGAGAUGAUUGGCGUCGUUACGGAUUCGCUUAAGAUAAUGGCGAAGGAUAGAUCGUGGUACGUUAGAAAGACUGUCGCGGAUGUUAUCCCCUCGGUGUAUAACGCAGACCCGGACCAGUUAGUUCUUUUGAGAAACGUCCUGCUGGACUUGAUUGGCGAUGGGGAGGUCCCCGUCGUGUCCGCCGCCGUGGCGUCCUUCUGCACUAUGUGUGUGGAGGUGGUUCCCACUGGGAAAAAAACAGAUCAGGUGGCGGCCAAGCCGGGGGGAGUAACAGGGGAGAAGCCAGAUGAGGAGACGCCCCUGGAUAGAAGCACCCCCGAUGGGAGCAACCCGGCGAACCUGCUCCACUGGCUGUCCUUCCUCCACCCGCACUACUACAAGCUGUGCAGGUACCUCCUAAUCAUGCACCCCUUCCACCAGACCUACCUCAUAGACUUGCUGCUGAAGUACUGCCGGGCGUUUUACCGAGACCCCCUUACGAAUGAGAAUGUAAAUUUUAAGGAACUUCUUCACUUGUUCAGCUGCUCCGAUGGAGAGGAGGAAGCGCCCCCCCCGCCAGUGACCCCCGCGGAGGGGAACCAAUGGAGGAGCCCCUCCCCAGAAGAUUACUACGGUUAUGCGGAUGGAGAGUUUGCGGAUGAAGGGCUUGCGGAGGAGCUGAAGCACUGCGGAGUGGACAUCGAGCUGUUCAUCGAGAAACUGCUGCUGCUUCUCUCCUCCUGCAGCUACAACGUAGUCAUACAGGCCAUCUCGUCUCUCUACCACCUGACCAAAUUCACCUUUAAGGAUAACAUGGUCCAUGCCAUUAUCUCGUGUAUUAUGAAGAGCUCCAUGGAGGGGAACGACCACACGUACGUCCUCUUUAUUAGGAGCGUCCAAUCGAUCAUAAUAUGUUUGAAGGAAGACUUCGCCGCGUACCUCUCCUUCUUCUACGUCAGCUCCGUAGACAGCACCGUCAAGAAGAACAUCAAAAUUGAUAUGCUUUACAUACUAACUAAUGAGGAAAACAGGCCAGUCGUUUUGGAGGAGCUCCUCCAUGCCCUCUUCCAGCCCGGCAACGAUAACCUCAUCGUGAAGAAGCUGUUCAGGCACAUCACCGCGGUGGCUGUAGCGGAUGCCUCUUGUCUCCCCACAGUUAUGCAUCAUAUUAUUUGUCUCCUUAACUGCACUCUGCAGUUGUAUUCGUUUGAGGCCAUUCUCUCGUUGAGGCAGUUACUGAGGCAGAGUGACUCUGAGAGGAUCUCCGAAAUUACAUUUUUCCUAAUUCGCAUUUUUUUUUCUAUCGGAUCGACCGAAGUGCAAACCUCCGUGCUGUGGACCCUGGCCAAGUACCAAAAUUUUGCGGACCAUUUGCUCAUUUUUGACUUGGCUCGCAUGCUGGUGAAGCGCUUCGGGCAGAUGGAGGCCGCGCUGAAGGUCCAGGCCCUCCACUUCCUGCUCAAGGUCUGGGCCUACCGGUGCGCCAGUUGGUUCCUCCGCGGGGGGGAGGCGGCGGGGCAGAAGCGGAGCGGUAAAGCGGCAGUGGAGACGCAAACCGGUGAAGCGCCAUUGGAGAAGCGUAUCUGGGAGAGACCCGCCGCUACCACGAGCGUCUACCAAGAGCAGCAGGGCAAGCUCGCGGAGAGAUCGAACAGCCACGUGGAUUACGUGGCGCCCCACUUGGAGGACUUCGCCCAGUACGAGCGGCUGUGCAAGCUGGCCCUCCUGCAGGGGGCCCGCCCUGAGGAGCGCUUCGACAUCCGGGAGACGAGUAAAUUCUACGCCAACGUCAUGCUGAGGGUAAGGGAGCUGGGCGACAAGGGGGCUCUCAACUGGACCCUGUGGCAGAGGGACCUCUACAAGGAACCAGUCAACGAGUACACGCUUCCCCUGUGCUACUUGAAGCACGUUUUUCUAAACACCGGAAGGGGGGAUCUUCCCGAAGCGUUUCAUCUCAGUAGGGAGGAAAUGCAGCAUGUGCGGAAUUCUCCCGUUGGGACGGCUCAGGGGGAAGAGCACGACGAUUACGGAGAGUACCACUUCGGCUUGGACCCUAACCGCGACGAUGGGGACGUCCAAAUGGAUCUGAAGAACCCACUUGUGUUGCAGCUCAAUACUUUUUCGAGCAUCCUCAACAGAAGACUCCCCUCCUACGUGGAGCUGCCCGACUUUGCGGACGAAGAUCUGCCCAGAAGCGCCCACAUGACAAACAGGAAAAAAGCCAAGCAGCCAAAGACGAGCAUCUCCUCGAGGGAUGUACAGAUCAGCUACAAACCCCACUUGAGCAGUGAUCGGGUUUUUUCCAACCUGGACGAGUUUUACAGGGAGGAGGGAAAUCUCGUGGAUGGGCAAACUGGCUGCACGCAAAACAUGCGGCACCCCACCGGCGGGCUGCUUCCCAACAGGGGGACCAAAAUUCAGGGCGAGGACGACGAGUCGGAUGACGAGCAGAAUGAAGCCCCCCCCAAAGUAGCCCACACUGCGGAUACGUACCUAGCUGGGGAGUGCACCUCCGCCAACAGUUUUUCCAAAAUGAACGAGCAGCAAAUAAACGACAUAGAAAAGUUCUUCUUCAGUGAUGAGGAGGAUUUCCAGGGGGCCGAAUGA